ACGAGCAGAAGAAACGUCAAACCGCCGAAUGAAAUCAAAACGUGUGCGCGCUCUGCUAAAACUUUUGCAAAUUUAAAAUUUGUUGGAUUUUUGCGUCGUUUUGUGGUGAAUUAAACAACGUUCAAGAAUAUAAAACUACGAAGCCGCCCCAAUGGCCGGACUGGAGCUGAUUAUCGGCACGUACGAGGAGUACACCGUCGGCUACAAGGUGGAACCGUUCAAAACGGAUUCAUCCCGGCAGUACCUGAAGGAAAUCUUCUCCACCCACAACCACACGGCGUCGGUGCGCGUGCUCGCGAGCCACGGCAAGCUGUUGGCUUCCGGCGGAGCCGAUGACCGGAUUUGUAUCUUCGACCUGGAGACGGGAACGCUGCGGGACGAGCUGCUGCACCACAACGGAACGGUCAACUGUUUGACGUUUUCGGCGGACGGGAGCUACCUGUUUAGUGGCAGUUCGGACGGGACGAUCGCGGCGAUCAACGUGAAGAAGCUUGCGGUGGACAAGACGUGGCGGAAUGCGCACAAGGCGGCGGUGCUGACCAUUACGAUUCAUCCGCAGGGAAAGUUGGCGCUGUCGCUGGGCGCGGACAUGACACUGCGGACGUGGGAUUUGGUGACGGGGCGGACGAUCUACACGCGUGGGUUGAAGGGCGAUUCGCGGUUUGGCGGGUUUUUGUCGUGGGUCGAGUGGAGUCCGGACGGGGCUCAUUUUGCGUUGGUGGGGAACCGCGUGGUGGAUGUUGUUUCGGUGGACACGACCAAGUCGGCGCGGACGGUGACCUGCUCGAGUCGGCCGGUUUCGCUCUGCUGGAUCUCGGACACGGAAGUGGCCGUCGGGUUGGACGACGGUCACCUGGUUAUGUUUGAUUUGGGCGAUGGAGCGGAGGUGGAACCGGAGAAGAUCCGAGCGUACGAGACGCGCCUGAAGGCGAUGGCCAUCGUGGGGAAUCAUCUGGCAACGGCGUCGAGUUCCGGGGACAUCAGUCUGUGGGAGAUUGACGGCAGCGAACUGCACGAACUGUGCACCACCAACAUCGGCUGUCGCCCGACCUGUCUGGUGCUGGUCGAAGCGGACAAACACGGCCUGCACAAGUACCUCCAGAAGCAGGACGAUUCCAAGGAGGACCUCAAGAACCAGCUGAAGCGAAUUCACGCCAUCGGCAAGGUCAUCGUGGAGCACGAAGAUCCGCUGCAGGCCGCCGCCACGCAAAAGGCGCAGAAAAGGGCCAAAAGCAAGAAGCGACCUGCCGGCGGGGAACCUGCGGAACCGCCGACCGGCUUCAGCACGCCACUGGCCAAGAAGGCGAAAUCGGCUCAGAAAAAGCGCGCCGCGAAUACGAGUGUGGCGUCCGGGAUUUGGGAAGAGGAGGACGUUGGGGAGGUGGAACCGUCGGAACCGGUCGGCGAGAAGAAAAAGAAGAAAGGCAAAAAGGGGGACGCGCUGAGUCAAACGAUUUCUGGGGCGGUGAAAACGGGGAAGAAGAAGGAAAAGCGAAGGGGAUCGCUGUGAAGAAGUUGUUCUAGAAUCUAGAAUGUAAUAAAUGGAAAACUUUUCAAAUAAAAGCCUUAUUUUUUCACUCUAAAA